AUCGAACGAUUGUCCACAGAGGCCAAUCUGAUGGUGCGUCAGCUGUUGCUAGUGUAGCCGGUCUCGAAUUUACUUGUUGCAUAAUUUCACGAUCCCGUUCAGUAUGCCGCUCUCUCAACCAAUUGAGACGUAUCGUCAACCAUGGGAAAGUGCGGAAAAUUGGGAAUUACGAGAAGAGUUCAUUGUACAGUACCAGGAGAACUUCGAAGAGAAUCGUUUACUCUGUUUAGCGCAGGCGUAUGUCAACGUCAUGCUGCUGGGGUGUCAGUAUCCGGACGCAAUAAUGCAACAGGUGAACGCUUUGGCUAAAGGGUUAAACAAGGGCGAAUCCUUCAAAGACCAGCAAGACAAACGUGCUAAACAAAAUGCGGCAAAAAAGCCCCGCAAACAGUCGGAACAGUUGGGCACCACAAUAAAGCGAGGCUGGAGCAACAGCGACAGGGGCGCACAUCAGUACUUUUAAAAAAAAUCUUUUUCAUGUAAAAUAGGCUUCUUGUACCAAUUGAGUGUUUCUAUGGAAAUCAUAUUGUCACACAAAUUACGUUUAUCACCCAGUAUGUGGAAGUUGUGCACAUAGGCGCAUUCAGCUAUUUUCAUUUCUUCAUUUUUCCCAGUGAGUAUAAUCAAUUUAAUGGCAUUCUCAGUACUAAAAAUAGCACGUAUAUCUGACACUUGUAUAUAACAAUAACUCGAGUACUGUACAAAUAAACUAUCCACACACAAACUUAGUU